AUGGCGCCAAUUCAAAAGAAAAAUAAAAUCAUCAAAAAACGGAAUAAGGAACCAGUUGUUGAAGAAGUGAAAGAAGAAGAAGAUUUAGAGCCAACGAAAGAGGAAGAAGAAGCAGAAGUUAGUGACAAUGAGGAUAUGGAUGAGGCGGAAAUAAAAGAAGAAGAAGAAGAUGAUGAUAUGGAAACAGAAGCGUUCGAGGAUCCCGAGCAGAAGCAGAAGAAGACUGGAGUUGUUUAUUUCUCCAUGAUUCCCCCGAAAUACAAUGUUGUUCGGAUCCGAGAGUACUUCGAGAAACGCUGUCCUGGACAAAUUGGACGCAUUUUCCUAGCGCGCAACAAGCACACGAAAAACCCACAAAACAAGUACUCAGAAGGUUGGAUGGAGUUGAAGAAAAAGAAAAUCGCAAAAGCAAUCGCUGGACAAAUCGACAACACACCGAUCGGAGGGAAGAAUAAGGAUCCAGUCUCCAGCAUGCUCUGGAAUAUUCGAUAUUUGUCUGGAUUCAAAUGGGUGCAUCUAAUGGAACAGCUACAGUACGAAAAGGAAGUUGAGAAACGUCGUAUGAAUGUGGAGGUGGCUCAGGCUCGUCGCAUUGCUGCUCACUUCGAAGAACAAAUCGAAAAAGGAAAACAUUUGAGAAAACUGGAGGCGAAGGUGAAGGCGUCAGGUGGAAAGUGGGAUGCAUUCCAGAGAGAUGUUGAACAGAAAAAGACGAUUCGGGUGAAGAAGGAACGAUCGAAACAAGUGAACACGGAGAGUAGUGAACUCAUGAAUAUGAUCUUCAAAUAA